AUGCAUUCGGCCGUGAGGGUCUCCCGGAAGGACCAUCACAUCCGGAAGUUCACUAACGGAAAGAUCGUCGGUGGAACACUUGCCACUUUGGGCCAGUUCCCAUACCAGGCGUCCAUGCAGUACGACUUCUUCGGCUGGACGCACUACUGCGGCGGAUCCAUCCUAGAUGAGACCCACGUGCAAACCGCUGGUCAUUGCGGCGCCUCCGUCGGGGAUAGGGUUGUCGCAGGUAUCAUCGAUCUACCGGAUACCGGAUCGGAGGCUCAAGUGAGGUCCAUUACCAGGGUCGUCACCCAUCCCGACUACUCCGGCGUUAGGAACGACAUAACCGUGGUGACCGUUCGAGUUCAACUCCUUCGUCGGAAACGUCACCCUCGCUCUCAACGGCCAGCAGCCAUCCACUGCACCAGGUACGAUGGGAACGGGGCGUGCACAGCAUCCGGUUGGGGAUCGACGUCCUGGACUGGCGGAACCAGCGACGACCUCCUGUAUGUGGAAAUCGACUUCAUCGACGACGACACGUGCAUGGAGAUGUGGGCGCCGGACCCCAGCAGCCCGAUUCCUGAGCAGAACAUCUGUGCCGGGGUCGAGGAAGGAUUUCACACAGUCUGCUAUGGUGAUUCAGGCGGACCCAUGGUGUGCGAUGCUGACGAUGGCGGCCGAUACCUGUUCGGAUCCACGUCAUGGGGCCCCCAGGAAUGCGGCAUCGGGCUCGCUGGGCGGCAGACCCGCCUCCAGGGCAUGAAGUUGCUGAAGUAG